AUCAGCGGGUUGAGAGCCAGGGUGACCCACAAGUCCCGUCCCGUGUCACACAGGUCCGUACUUUGCUGCUGGAGAUCAACGAUAAACAAGUGAAGCCAAGAGUCACAGUCUUGCGACUGGAAACGACGGAGAUUCGCUGUAAUCAUUUUCAAUUUAAAGAGAAAAGCAGACGGAGAGCAUAGAUUGGGCCGUUCCUCCGCAUCAGUUCGGAAUAAAGUCCCACUGACGGGGGGGCAGACGGAAUAUGAUUUAAACCAAAGCCUUCUUACAAGUUACAGGAUGAAGUUCCUCUGGUUGGACGCCGCCUGUCUGGUGGCCGUGCUCUGGGCCGCGGGCCCCCGGGUGGGGGCCGAGUGCGACCCUUCACCCCAGCCCCCCAAGCUCAACCUCUCCGUGACCUACGACCUCCCCACCUUCACCGCCGACUCGCCCAUCCAGAACAUGGUGACCCUGAACGGGGUCAUCUACGUGGGGGCUGUCAACCGGAUCUACGCCCUGUCCCCCAACCUCACCAAGCUGUCCGAGUACCGCACGGGGCCCCGGCCUGACGUGGAGCCCUGCGGCGGGGGGCCGGCCGCCAACGGCAGUGUGGACAACCACAACGUGGCCCUCCUGGUGGAGACCAUCUACGACCAGGGCCUCUUCAGCUGCGGCUCAGCCGACCGCGGCGUGUGCCGCCGCCACGUCCUGGACGACGGCACGCGGCCCAAGACGGUGGACGAGGAGGUGGACUGCUUCUCGGACCGCCGGGGCCGCGGGCAGCCCAGCGACCCCAACCGCGUGGUGCGGCCCUCGGGGGCCCGGGUGCUGAACGUGGAGAGCAACGUCAUCCACUUCUUCGCCGGCAACUCGGAGAUCCCGGGCGUGACGGGCGCGCCGGGGGCGCAGGCGGCCGGCGAGCCCCACACCAUGUCGGUGCGCAAGAUGAAGACCAGCCAGAACGGCUUCACCUUCUUCUCCCACCGCUCCUACAUCGACCUGAUCCCGGCGCUGCGCGGGAACUACUUCCUGCGCUACGUGUACUCCUUCCACAGCGGGCCCUUCACCUACUUCCUGACGGUGCAGCGGGCCGGCCGCGGCUCGCAGGCCUACCACACGCGCAUCGUGCGCAUGUGCUCCUCGGACCUGCAGAUCCGGCGCUACGUGGAGAUGCCGCUGCAGUGCAUCUGCACCGACAAGCGGCGGCGGCGGCGGCGUGGGAGCCCGUCGGAGCAGGGCGGCGUCCGGGUGUUCAACGUGCUGCAGGCGGCGCACCUGGCCAAGGUGGGCCCCAACGCCAACCUGCGGGGCGUGGAGGAGGGCGACGACGUCCUGUUCGCCGCCUUCGCCCGGAGCAAGCCCGACUCGCCGGAGCCCACGGCGCACUCGGCCGUGUGCGCCUUCCCGCUGAAGUACAUCAACGACCUGUUCAGGAAGUACAUGCAGAGCUGCAACACGGCGGAGCCCUACCACUUCACCGGCUCCAGCAACAAGUCCUGCUACAACGUGACCUCUUCGGACGACUGCGGCCUCCACGAGGGUCUCAACGAGGGCAAGGAGGGCGAGUACCGCCUGGAGGUGGUGCAGGACGCCCAGCGCCUCGAGUACUGGCAGAAGGACCUCACCGACACCCUGGUCACCUCCAUCUCGGUGGCCAUGGUCCACGGACACAUCGUGGCCUACCUGGGCACCGAGGACGGCCGGCACAUCCAGGUUCUCUUCUCCAGGGCCGCGUCCCCCCAUGUGAAUGUCCGUCUGGACUCCAGGCCGGUGACCACCAUGGUUCUGCUGGACCCCGAGGGGCCCGGGGGAGCCCUGCUGCUGGCUACAGGCAGCAAGAUCACCAAGGUUCCUCUGACCGGUCCCGGCUGUGGUCAGCUGACAUCCUGUACUUCCUGUCUGCUGUCGUCGGGGGUGACAGGAUGUGGCUGGUGCGGCGACCGCUGUACGAGAGCCAACGAGUGCCCCUUGACCUCCCGCUGGACCCAGGACUACUGCACCCCCGUUAUCAAAAAGGUGUGGCCUGCCACUGGGCCGUUACGAGGCACCACUGUCCUGACGAUCUGCGGAGAGAACUUUGGCUUCAACAAGACGGAGAGCUUCAAGUCCUCGCUGGUGACGGUGGAGGUGGCUGGGGCCGCCUGCAAACUGUACCGACAAGACCGCCUCAACCGGUGGAAUGAGCUGCAGUGUUCCCCCGUCUCCAGUGGGAACUUUACUCCGUCCGGAAGGACCGUCAAGGUCACCAGCGGCAACAAGUUUGACCAGAAAGAGGCUUUCUCCUUCGUGGACCCGGUGAUUGAGGAGAUCUUCCCAGAGUUUGGGCCUAAGUCUGGGGGUACCGUGCUCACCAUCAGGGGGGCCUUCCUGGACGCUGGCACCAAGAGAGAGGUCACCGUGGGGAAAGCUGUCUGUAAGAUCCAGAGCGUCAUCUCCACAACGCUGAUCUGUAAGACCCCGCCCUCUCCGGAACCGUCCAAUCAGCCGGUGACGCUAACGCUGGACGGGGUGGAGAGGCGGGCCCCGGGCCCCUUCACCUACAACCAGGACCCGGUCAUCAACAGCAUCCAGCCCUCGCGCUCCUUCAUCAGCGGCGGCUGCACGCUGUCGGCUCACGGCUUCUUCCUGCAGUCCGGCCUGCUGCCCCAGAUGUUCAUCUCCGUCCCGCAUGAGGGAAAGCUGCUGCACGCGGUCUCCAGCUGUGUGUACGGGGAGAACAGGACCACCAUUCAGUGCAUCACGCCCUCUCUGGCCAAGCUGGCCCUGCAGCCCCCCACGGUGACCCGCGUGGCCUUCAUCCUGGACGGCUUCCAGACCCCUCAGGUGGACCUCAUCUACGUGGAGGACCCGCUCUUCCAGGACCCCAAGCUCACCUCCAAAGACAACAAGAGCGUUGUGGAGCUCAAGGGCUCCCACAUGGACAUAGAGGCCAUGAAGUGCCAGGUGCUGACGGUGUCCAACCACAGCUGUGAGAGUCUGAGUGUGGUCGGCAACACGGCCGAGUGCACCGUGCCCCGCCUGCUGCAGGGCCCCGCCCGGCCCAAGGAGCUGCAGGUGGAGUGGCGGCAGGCGGACAGCGUCCGGACGUUGGGCGUGGUGACCCUGGCCGAGGAGCAGAGCUUCAGCAGCCUGCUGGUGGGCGGAGUGGGGGCCAGCGGGCUGCUGCUGCUGCUGCUGGCCUCACUGCUGCUGUGGAGGAGGAGGAAGCACGUGGACGAUCACUCUGAGGUGUGGUAUGAUAUGGGAACAAACAUCCAGCACCUGGACAGGCUGGCCAACGCCCGCAGCGUCAGCCCCACUAACGAGCUGGUGUCCCAUGAGUCUGUGGACUACCGGGCCACCCUGCUGGAGGACCAGGGCAUGGAGAGACCCGAGGCGUGUCGCGGAGCCCCGCCGCCCAUCUACGGGGCCAACCGGGAGCUGCUGUCCCCCAGGCUGGGGGCCCUGGGAGCGGGCCUGAGGAUGGGGGCCGACGGGGAGCUGGUGGCCCCCCUGCUGGUGGCCCCCGUGCACAUCGACCCGUCGCGCCUGCACCCCCAGCUGCUGCAGGAGGUGCAGCACGUGGUGAUCGCCCGGGACCGGCUGCUGCUCCAGCAGGUCAUCGGCAGGGGACACUUCGGCUGUGUGUUCCACGGGACGCUGCUGGAGGCCGACGGUCAGAAGCAGCACUGCGCGGUCAAGUCCUUGAACCGCAUCACCGACCUGGAGGAGGUCUCUCAGUUCCUGAAGGAGGGGAUCAUCAUGAAGGACUUCAGCCACCCCAACGUGCUCUCCCUGCUGGGCAUCUGCCUGCCCCCCGAGGGGUCCCCCCUGGUGGUCCUGCCCUACAUGAAGCACGGAGACCUGCGCAACUUCAUCCGCGACGAGGGACACAACCCGACGGUGAAGGACCUGAUGGGCUUCGGGCUGCAGGUGGCUCGCGGUAUGGAGUAUCUGGCCAGCCAGAAGUUUGUCCACCGCGACCUGGCCGCCCGAAACUGCAUGCUGGAUGAGAGCUUCGUAGUCAAAGUGGCAGACUUCGGUCUGGCGCGUGACGUCUAUGAUAAGGAAUACUACAGCGUCCACAAUAAAAACGCGGUGAAGCUACCCGUGAAAUGGAUGGCUCUGGAGAGCCUGCAGACACACAAGUUCACCACCAAGUCUGACGUGUGGUCGUUUGGUGUGUUGCUAUGGGAACUCAUGACCCGUGGAGCCCCGCCCUACUCCGACGUGAACUCGUUCGACAUCACGGUGUACCUGAUGCAAGGCAGAAGGCUGCUUCAGCCAGAGUUCUGCCCUGAUGCCCUGUACACGGUGAUGGUGGAGUGCUGGCACCCCAGGCUGGAGCGCCGCCCCACCUUCUCUGAGCUGGUGGCCCGCAUCUCCGGCAUCUUCUCCAGCUUCAGCGGCGAGCACUACGUCCUCCUCAACACCACCUACGUCAACCUGGACAAGAUGAGCCCCUACCCUCCCCUCCUCUCCCCCACCUCCCCGUACCCCCGCACCUCCACCUCCUCCUUCUCCUCCGCCUCCUCCUCCUCCCACUACCCCUCCGCCGACCCCUACCCCGCCGCCAGCGCCUCCACCUCCCUGCCCCCCCCGUCCCACGCCCUGCUGCAGCGCCCCCACCUGGCCUGCUGCACCUGACCGCUAGGGGGGGCCUGGUUAGCCGAAUAUGGUAACAGGAAGAGAGAGAGGGAGGGAGAGAGAGAGAGAGAGAGGGAGAGAGAGGGAGAGAGAGGGAGAGAGAGAGAGAGAGAGAGAGAGAGAGAGAGAGAGACUAACAGACGGAUGACCUCAGAGAAAGGAUAGAGAUGACAAACCGAAGGCUGGACGCUGGAGACGGGGCCUUGUGCGAGGCCUAGGAUUCACUGGAGGCGGGGCCUUGUGCGAGGCCUAGGACUCACUGGAGGCGGGGCCUUGUGCGAGGCCUAGGACUCACUGGAGGCGGGGCCUUGUGCGAGGCCUAGGACUCACUGGAGGCGGGGCCUUGUGCGAGGCCUAGGACACACUGCUGUACAUAAACGGUGUCACACUGUAACGCAGACGGGUCGCCGUGGCUACGACUGCUCACUGGGUGUACAUAAUGACCAUUAACCUGCCUCGUGCGUUUUCCAAAACUGUGACGGGCACAGGCCGAGCCGAACACUCACCUGAAGGAACUCGCACUACCGAGAAAACCCCCCGUGCCCGACCUCUGACCCCUCGGUGACCCCGAGGAACGAAAGGUCGGCUCUCUUGUGGUUUACCUACAAGACAAUUACACGGCAAGGAGGGACUCCUCCUCGUACCAGCGGACAAAGCCACUGUCUCACAAGCACAAAGGCCUGGAAACAUCACACCCCUGGCCAACGCAUCUCAAUGUCUGCUGCUCAGCCCGGCCUGGGUCGAGUGGGGGCGGCUGGGUGGGGGGGGCGCGGGGUGGGGGGGGCGCGGGGGCGGGGUGGGGGGGGGCCCGGGGGGGCGGGGUGGGGGCGGGGGGGGGGCGCGGGGAUGGGCCGGGUAAUGUGAGGUGGGGUUCCUUUCUUUUCGUCCCUGGGUGGCAUGUGUUCCGAUAUGGCACAGAUCUAUCUUUUCCUUUAAGCUGUCUCGCCGUUAAUGUGAAUGGCCGACAAAUGGCCGUGUCAUUUAUUGUGGUGAGAAAAAUGAAUGGCACUGCCUGCUUAAUUCAUAGACAGACACGCACACACACACACACACACACACACACACACACACACACACACACACACACACACACACACACAAACAC